CUACUAUCACCCCGACUGGUCAAGUAUUUAUACACAGCGUUAAAUCAUUUAAAGGUACCUCACUCACAUUCAUUGCUGUAAACCAUGUUUUUGUAUAAAUUGUAAUAAUGAAAACACAAAUUACAUAUUACUUUAUGGUACCAUAAUUAUAUUAUGUACUUCUUUCUUCAUAAUAUUUAAAUCACAGUUUUAGAUAAGAGAUAACAAUGAUUUCAGUAUAUUUUAUCUCAUUUUCAUAAACUAUGAGUUUUUUAAACAUAAAACAACUGAAAAGUAAAUAUUGUUGGCAGUGUAUGGCACUUGUUCGAAAAAUAAUCAGAAUAGUUUUCGAAAAUCAGCCCGGCACAUAGUGCAUAAGAAAUAAAAUGCUACCUGACUUAGGUAUGUUUGAAGAAUUUAUAUUUUAUUCAUGACCUUUUUUAACCUCACCUGGCAACUUUGUUCAAUCUAUCUCUUAUCAGUCUUUAUCUAUCCUAAUCUAGGACCGUAAUUCCGACCGUCUUUUCUCUUUUCUUCAUUCUCUCGGAUGUUGACAAUAUAAAAGAUUAAAUCAAAAGUCGUUAUUUAAGCGUUGGAUUUUUUCAACUUUUUCACGAUAAAAAAACCAACUGUUUCUCAAUAAAUUUGUAAGUACCUAUAUUAUUUCUAAACUAGAAACAUAUUAUUUUAACGAACCAUUAUGUUAAUAUUACGUUUAACAUUUCACAGGCGAUAAUGAAACAGAAAGUUAGUAAUGUGUCGGAUGCUGAGAUUUUUCAAACAUACCAUCUGAACAAAAGAGACGUAGAAUUCGAACAGGACAUUUUGAGGAAUCCAAAUUCAGUUAAGUGCUGGAUGCGAUACAUAGAUAAUUACAAACAAGGACCGUACAAAAAAGUAUGUGUACUCUACGAACGUGCCCUUAAACAACUUCCUGGUAGCUACAAACUCUGGCAUUGUUAUUUAAAAAUCCGUCGUAAAUAUUUAAAAACUACAAAUAAUCCUGAUUACGAAGAAGUGAAUAAUGUUUAUGAGCGAGCAUUGGUCUAUAUGAAUAAAAUGCCGCGCAUCUGGAUUGAAUUUUGUACAUUUAUGUUGAAACAACCUAAACUUACUGUCGCCCGACGCCUCUUUGAUAGAGCACUAAGAGCUUUACCAAUUACUCAACAUGUCCGCAUUUGGCCAUUAUAUUUAAACUUUAUUAAAGAAAAUCAUCAUCCUGAAGUUGCCAUUAAAAUAUAUAGACGAUAUUUAAAAUUAUUUCCUGAAGACGCAGAAGAUUACAUUGAGUACUUGACUACGUCUGGAAGACUAGAUGAAUCUGCUGUGCGGUUAUCCGAAAUUGUAAACAAUGACAGCUUUAUAUCAAAACAUGGAAAAUCAAAACAUCAACUUUGGAAUGAACUUUGUAAUUUAAUAUCAAAAAAUCCUUUAGAAAUUAAAUCAUUAAAUGUUGAUGCUAUUAUACGUAGUGGGUUAAGACGUUAUACUGAUCAACUUGGUCAUUUAUGGAAUUCAUUGGCUGAUUAUUACAUACGCAGUGGAUUAUUUGAAAGAGCAAGAGACAUAUAUGAAGAAGCUAUUCAAACUGUUACAACUGUUCGUGAUUUUACACAAGUUUAUGAUGCUUAUGCACAAUUUGAAGAAUUAAGUUUACAAAAACGAAUGGAAGUUGUUCAUGCCAAUCAAAAUAGUACUGAAAAAGAUGAUUGUGAAAUUGAUUUACGCAUGGCUAGAUUAGAAAACCUGAUCGAAAGACGAUUACUACUUUUGAACUCUGUACUCUUAAGACAGAAUCCACAUAAUGUUAAAGAAUGGUUAAAACGUGUUCAGCUUUAUGAAGGAAAUGACGUUCAAGUAAUUAAUACUUUCACAGAAGCUGUAGAAACAGUCGAUCCUCAAAAAGCUGUUGGGCGAUUGCAUACACUAUGGGUUGAAUUUGCUAAAUUUUACGAAAAAGCUUCACAACAAGAAGAAGCACGUCUAGUAUUUAAAAAAGCCGUUUUAGUUUCAUACAUUAAAGUUGAACAUUUAGCUAGUGUUUGGUGUGAAUGGGUAGAAAUGGAAUUGAGACACAAUAACUUUAACGAAGCAAUGCGGUUAAUGAGACAAGCUACUUCAAUACCUUCACGAAAAGUAGCUUAUCAUGAUGAUACUGAAACUGUUCAGAUUCGAUUACAUAAAUCAUUGAAAUUAUGGUCUUUAUAUUUGGAUAUGGAAGAGAGCUUUGGUACAGUUAAAUCAACAAUGGCCUGUUAUGAUCGGGUUAUAGAUUUACGAAUUGCAACUCCACAAACUAUUAUUAAUUAUGGAUUGUUUUUAGAAGAAAAUAACUAUUUUGAAGAAAUGUUUAAAGCCUAUGAAAAGGGGGUAGCUUUAUUUAAAUGGCCAAAUGUUUUUGAUAUAUGGAAUACAUAUUUAACAAAAUUUUUAGAUCGCUAUGGUGGAACAAAACUUGAACGUGCACGUGAUCUUUUUGAAGAGUGUCUAGAAGGUUGUCCUCCACAAUUCGCAAAAUGUAUUUAUUUGUUAUAUGCUAAGCUCGAAGAGAAACAUGGUUUAGGUAGACGAGCAAUGGCUGUCUACGAAAGAGCCACUGAAGCAGUUUUGCCAGAAGAAAAGUUUGAAAUGUUUAACAUAUAUAUUAAAAAAGCUGCAGAAAUAUCUGGUAUACCUAAAACGAGGGAAAUAUAUUUGAAAGCCUUAGAAGUAUUGACUAACAAUAAUGCUCGUACAAUGUAUCUAAGAUUUGCAGAGCUGGAAACAAAAUUGGGUGAAAUUGAUCGUGCUCGAGCAAUAUACUCUCAUUGUAGUCAAAUUUGUGAUCCUCGAGUAACAGAAGAAUUUUGGCAAACAUGGACUUCUUUUGAAGUAGCUCAUGGUAAUGAAGAUACACUGCGAGAAAUGUUAAGAAUUAAAAGAAGUGUUCAAGCAAUGUACAAUAUUCAAGUAAAUAUGAUGUCUGCACAAAUGAUGUCUGUUAUUUCAGUUGAACCAGAAAAGAGUGGAAUGAAAUUAUUAGAAGAGAAAGCGUUAGAAAAGAAUGAAAAGACAUUAGAGCCUAUACAAUUUGUUUUGGGAAAAGAACAAAAUCAUGUACCUAUAAAAGUAACAAAUCCAGAUGAAAUUGAAUUCAGCGAUGAUGACAUAGAAGUAGAUUUUGACAAAGGAAAUGUUGAAAAUGAAGAAGACCUUCCAGCAACUAAAGAAGUGCCUUCUGAAUUAUUUGGUAAUUUAGGAGCAUUUACUGAAAAAAGUACUGAAUAGUUAUUAUACAUUUUUUCUUAUUAUUAUUAAUAAUUAAAAAUAUUAAAUAAUAAAUAUAACAAUUACAUGUACCAAAUAAAUUAUUUGUCCCAUUUAUUUAAGUUAAAAUUUGUAUUGUGUAUUAAAUAAAUAUUUUCUUUAUUUUAAUGAGUUAUUUAUAGAUUUAAUUACCUACACCUAUUGAAUUUCAUAUAAAGAGUUUUAACUGUAUUAAACAUUAAGACAAUUCUAUGUAAAUUAAAAAUAAAUUGUUUAAUUAAUGGAAAUAAAGUACUUAAAAUUUCAAAAACAAUUGUGUGGGUGCACAUAAGUGACAUAAUGUACCUUUAUGCUUUGUAUUUGCAUUUUUAUUAUUACAUAUUAUUUUAUAAUAUUAAAUAUAAUUUAAUUUUAAAAUAUCAACUACAAUACUACAGCCACGCUGUUUGUCUAUUCGUUAUAAUUAGAAGUGGGCCAAUACAUAAAUCGAUACUUGAUUCUCCCCUCCCCCAAGAGAAGUGGAUUUACAUUGGCAUUUGGCAUAGUCAAUAGUUCAAAUGUAUUAUUAUUAUUAUAUUAUUUGACAUAACUUUUUGGAUUCUGAGUGUAGCGAAGAAUAUAUUUGAGUUACAAAAAUGUUAAUUUUUUUUUUUUAUACUGUGACAGAAAUUUUGCUUGAUAUGUAUGUGUGGCACCAUUUCUGAUAGAAAAUAUUGUCUUAUUGGUACUUUAGGAAUUCAUUUGUUGAUUUUCCAAGCACUUUUUAUAAUCUUUGGGGGUUUGAAAACCCGGGAGAAAACUUAAGAAAAAAUGGAAAAUUUACUAAAAUGAUGCUUUUUAUUAUUUUCAAUUGUAUUAUUUUGUUAUAAUUCAGUUAUAAAUAUUCAUAAAGACUUGAAAUUUGAGCAGAAAACUUAUAUUUGCCUAUUUUUACAUUGUAAAACUAAAGUCAUUUGAGCCUUAUUUAAGCUAUUUAUGGACACUCAUUUUUAUUUGAUAUGUACUCUAUGGAUAAAAUUAUUAGACAAAACAGAAAUGCUUGAAAAUUGAACAGGAAGUUAAUUUUAAGUUGUACUUCGUGG